AUGGUCAGGUGCUUGGUCAGCACUUUGGUCAGCAUUUUGGUCACCACACUGGUCAUGGCAUUGGUCAGCAUCUUGAUACCGCACCCUGUGAAACGGCCGGAUGCGGAAGUAGAUCAUGGCGCAGAUGACGACGAUGAUGAGGGCGACGGGGACGAUGAUGUAAGGGGCGGGGUUAUGGUCACCUCACUGCUCAUUUGCCAGUUAGGUGAUCUGUGGAAUAAGGAUUACGAUGUUUGCGCUAACAAAUCGCUGAGAUUAGCUGUAGAACGCGAUGCAGAAAGGUAUCUUGCGUACGAGGAAAUCGCGGAUGUUGCGGCCCACCGGGAAGCGGAAGAUGCACAAGUCGAGCAGGAUGAUGGCGACGAUGAUGGCAACGAUGACGGCGGCGAUGGCUUGGGGGGAAGGGGGGGAAGUAGUCACCUCACUGCUCAUUUAGGUGAUCUGUGGAAUAAGGAUUACGAUGUUUGCGCUAACAAAUCGCUGAGAUUAGCUGUAGAACGCGAUGCAGAAAGGUAUCUUGCGUACGAGGAAAUCGCGGAUGUUGCGGCCCACCGGGAAGCGGAAGAUGCACAAGUCGAGCAGGAUGAUGGCGACGAUGACGGCAACGAUGACGGCGGCGAUGGCUUGGGGAGAAGGGGGGGGUAG